AUGGACUCUCAAAGCAUAACCAACCUGAUGGACUCCAUCUACAUUCCUUCCACCAAGAAGACCACUUCUACGUCCAUUCCUGCCCAUCAUCCUUCGCUGAUUCAGCAGGACAACGUUGGUGACAACCACGCUCUUCCCUGCGGUUGCACCGGCAACACUUGCAUUUCCAACCAGCUGUGGUGGUCCAAGAACUCUUCUGCUGCUGCUGCCUCGUCUCCCGUUCUGGCUUCUCGACGGGACUCCAUGGUUUCUCAAGACUCCUUCAUGUCUCUCUAG